UGCGUUAAAUGCUCGCCCGGCUGCCCCGGGGUCCCCGGGGUCCACGAGUGCCCCGGUUGCCCCUAUGGCCUGGGACUGGGGCGUGCCGUCACCUGGCAACUUCAUCAUUGCAGAGGCUCUUGCUCGACGCGUGCAACGAAUCUCGGAAGGCAUCUGUGCCUCUGGCUGAGUGGUCGAGUGCAGACCUCAAGGACUGGUCUCAGCUACAAGGCCAAGCGGAACGCGUGGCGUCGUGGCCCGCGCAUCCGCUGGAGCCCGCUGAGCGCCUGGCUCUGGCAGAGGCCUUUGUGGCGCAGGCGGCAGGUGCUAUUGGAUGUGCUCCAGAGCUCUGCGGCCAAACACUGUGCGCCUUCUAUGAGGCCUUGCUCAUGGGUCCCCAAGACGUGCUGUGUGCGCGGCAGUUGGCACAUCCCCCUGCACCUUCGCUGGUGGCCUGUACAGCUCACCAGAGCCACGCCGUUGCUGUGGCACACGCUACGGCGCUGCUGCUAGCAGGACAUGUGGUGGCAGUGGCGGCACCUUCAGGGAGUGAAGCCUUAGGGAUGUUGGAGGCUGCUACUGCAGGAUUUCCAGAAGAUUUGCUGUGCGCAAUGCCUUUAGGUCCUUUAGCUACCUUGCCACGAUUGCGAGCCUUGCGCAGCGUGGGACCCUCGCCAUCGCAGCUGUGGCAGGACAGGGCUCCACCUGGGGACUUUGGGGGCGAUAGCUCCAUGGGCCGCCACGGCAUGGCAGUGGCAGCUGAACCGUUCAUGUUGAGUGCCUGCAACACUGAAGUUGUCGACCCAAGGCUGGAACACACCGCUGAACUGUGGAGUCCUGACGUGAAAGCUUUGGCACAGCUCUUGCCCAAUCCUUCAGAUGCAGUUGACCUGGAGAUGCAGCAGUUUCUGCAUUUGCUCUGGGCAUUCAGGGACGCCAGCGAGCACGUUGCACUGGCGCCCGGCCACAAGCACGUCCUGUUGACUUUCUGUGGCAGCGUUCUGCCAGAGGAUUUGGUGAAAAUUGCGAUUUCCUCGGCAAUGAGCCCCUUCCAUGAGAGGAUCACACUUCAUGCGGUAGGCCUUGGACCCCGAGGCCGUUCAAACUGCCUGCUGCGGGAGCCUUUGAAUUCCUUCUGCAAGCUGGUCCAGUCUGGCAGCCUGACAUGGGAGGUGCAAGAGCACAAAGAUUGGGCCGCUUUCUUGGAUUGGCUUCCAGAGCAGGGACCCAUCAACCUGUUUAGCUUGUUGAGGAACUUGGAACCCGAGUUGAAGCGCCGCUGCGCCUCAAAGGGUGGAGCUGCCUGGGUUCAGCUGACCGUGGACCCCGUGGAGCGGCUGAGGCGCUGGACGGAGGUGGUUUCAGCAGAUGAUGUGAUAAAGAGGAGGUUGCGCACCUCCAGCUGAUCAAUUGUUUGAGCAAAGAGUGAUAAAAA